AUGGGGUCGACCGGUCGCAAUGUUGUAGCAUUGGCCACACGGGAUCUAAUCAAAUGGAAUAAUUAUGAUCUCAAGUUCGACAAACAUCCCUCUAUCAGCGCGGAGGCCUGGGGUUACCUUUUUGAAUUGAGGACCAUGAGGACCAAGAUACUGAUCGAAGAAAUACUCAAAAUUCAAGAAUCAACUCAAGAGCAACUAAAAUCGGCAUUUUGUAAAAUACACAAGCAAGUUUACCCACGAGACUGGCCAUUAGACGUUCUCCAAAUCGUCGUAGAGCGCCCCAGUUGGAAAGAAAUACAAUCAAUACUCGAAGAUCAUUCCAGCUCAGCAAGCCUGGGGAACAAUUUAUCCGCAUGCUCAUACCCACAAUUAUCAUUACACGUGCCUCAUGAUAAAAUCGAAAUCAGUGCCCUUGAUGGUAAUGCAUGGGUGGCAGCUAGUGGACCUGAUCGAGUUGCUGAAUUGAAAUUUCGCCACACCCUCCUUCUUGAUCACUUCUCUGGCAAUGGCGAGUCACCCAAUCAAAGUUCUAUUCUACAGUAUGCUAAAGAGUUACAAAAGUAUUCACACAUGUUUCCGGAAGGCUACGGAGACUUUGCGUUGAAGUCCGCUGAUGGAGUAAUCUUCCACUUCCCUCGAUACCUAUUGGCCCAUGCAUCUUCAAUCUUCAAAGACAUGUUCGAAAUAGGCGAUCAAACUCCCAGUGAAGGGGCGUUGCCCCUCACAGAGGAUUCCAAUAUGCUAGAGGCCUUGCUAUUGUUCAUCGACCCGGCAAAAGAGGCCCGACCACCCACCUGGUGGGCAGUCGAUAAAUUCAUCAAUACUGCCGAAAAAUAUCAAGUCAAAGGUGUCAUUAAAUGGUUCGAACAAGAAGUAGAAAAGGAACGCAGUCAGCACGGCGAGCUGACAUCUCCGAUGGUUUGCCUCGCACUGGCAACCCAGUAUGGUCUCAAAAAGGUUACCCAGUACGCUCUUCAAGAUCUAGUCAAAGCACAUAUCCGAGAUAUUAAGCAUCAUCCCGGUGUCGAUAGUCGUUACAUGGUACACCUGAUGCAGUUGCGUACCGACAGAACAUGUCGACUGAUAGGAGGAAUUUUUGAGAUUGAGAUAGAAAUGAAGAAGGCAAAAAAACGGAACUGUCAAAUACAUCCCGAUGAGCCUGAUGAUUUGCUUGACUUCGCUAGGCAACGGGUGAUCUAUCAUCCAAAUUGGAAGAGGCUCGUGGAGGAUGUGAAUGAGAUAAUUAUCGACUCGAUUCGUGAAGGUUGUAUUUGCUCCAAAUUUGACAUUCUAGACGAGAUAGACGAGGAAAUGAUGCAGCUUGAUAGUGAUUUACCACGCCUGCCAUAG